AUGAACAUUCCGAAGGGGGACGGCCCCGCCAGCCGAGCCAUAGACGUCACCAUACAACUGGGCGGGGAUAAAAGAAUGGUCGUGAAGAAGGUCGUAAAGAACGCCUUGAAGAACGUCGCAGGAAUUGGCAAUGAACGUGCCAAUUGCGAGUCGAACGAAAAGAAUGCAACGGAUGAAUCCCAUGAGGAAGGCAUGAAAAUAUACCGACAGUAUUUCCAAAGAAGCAUGGCAAAAUAUAGGGACACUAAUAUUUAUGAGGUAUACACCUUAGAACAGGUCGAAGAAAAAAUGAAAGAAGCUGUCACGGACGUUGUCAGCCUCACGAAUCUUCACUAUGAAUAUGCCUACCUUUUUCUAAACUCGUACAAUUUUAACUCGAAUGAUUUUAUCGAAGCAUGGUUUAGGAACCCAAAGGAAGUGCUCGCGAAGGCACACAUGUCUGCCCUCAAGGAGGAAGACCUCUCUACAGAUUAUGCAAUUGGUGAGGCCGCACCUCCGGUAAUAGCACCCACCACUAACAUGGGUAAAUCAAUCCAAGAGUCCCCUUCUGAACAAAUGACUCAGAUGGAGAAAGGCACCAAAUAUACAUGCCCAAUCCUACUUAACCAGUAUGACCUACAAGACACACACGCGCUGAGAUGCGGACAUCGAUACUCGAAGGAGUGCUGGAAAGGCUACCUACAAACAGCCAUCCACAACGACUUUGAUGAAAAUGUAAUUAAGAAAAAGUGCAUGGAACCGGAAUGCCAAUCACUCAUCAUGAGAGAAGACUGGAAAAACAUUUCCGACGCGAAUGAUGACCUCCUUGCACAAUACGAAAAGCUCUUGGUAAAGAUAUUCUUAAAGAAUAAUCCCAGUUUAAAAAAAUGCCCGUGUGAUCAAUGCCCCUAUGUUAUCGAAUCUGUCAUGCUACCCGAUAACGGAGUCAUUUGCCGAUGUGGAUACAACUUUUGCUUCAAAUGCACGGAGGAAUUUCACAGGCCUGUCUCGUGCGCAGUCAUUAAACAGUGGAAGGAUCUCCUCACGAAGGGUGAACAUAACAUUAAGUGGAUUCGUUCCCAUACGAAGCAGUGCCCCAACUGUGCCAAGUCGAUUGAGAAAACGUCCGGGUGCAUGAACGUGAAGUGCAUCUGCGGGUUCAGCUUCUGCUGGCUUUGCCUUCAGGCCUGGGCCCACCACAAGGGGGGCUUCUACCAGUGUAAUCAGUACGUCACGCAUAGGGGAGCGCUGAAAGGGGGGCAACGGGGAGCAUUCAAAGGAGCAUUAAAUGGAGCACCAGAGGCGGCACAAGAUGAAACACAAGAUGAGGCACAAGAUGAGGCACAAGAUGGCUCAAAAUGUGAUACGCCAAACGACGUGCCGAGCAACACCCCUGACGAGGACCCCCCCCUCACACCGCAGAACCGCAAAAGCGCGCACGAGGCGCUUCACAAAUUCAGCCACUUCAAAACCAGAUUCGACGCCCACCAGCAUGGAGAAGAGUUUUCCAUCAAAACGCAACUCCUUUUCCUAUCCCACUUUUGCGCCUCGAACAAUAUCGAGCCAACGCAUCGUAUAUAUCAUUUUCAAAACUCCAUCAUACAAACGAUUAGGUGCAGAAAGAUCCUCAAGUGGUCCUACGCCUUCGCCUACUUUGCCACUUGGGAUGACGAGAAUAAAAAAUAUCUCUUCGAGUACCACCAAGGACAGCUAGAAAAAAACUUAGACAUUUUACAAAAAAAAACGGAGAGUGUAGAUUUGGCUCAUUUCCUGACCACCAAUUUGGAUGUCAAAGUUGUUCGAGAGGUGGAGGAGUUAACCAAGACAGUCGAUGUCUUUUUUAAAAAUAUAUGCGACUUUAUGGAGAGCACGUUUAGCUCCUGUGCUGAGAAAUUCUCAGGUUGA